UGUCUAGGGAAAUCCACGUCUAUAGUGCUACAUGAAAGGAUAAUUAACGAAAUCAUACCGUAGAUAACAAUAACGAAAUUUAAACUUUGCUGAUAAUGAGUCUAAAGGCUAGGACGAAACACGCACACUUUUCCACUUCCCUCUCACUCUCCCUAGAAACUCAUUUCAAAAUUAACUUAGUGGCGCCAUCUAACUGCAAAUAAGACAACUAUUUAACAACGAACUUGAACAUUUUGUCGUCGAGCAAAAACAGAUUUGUAUGUAAUCAGAAGUUCAGUAUAAUACAUUAAGUUUUAAAAAGAAUUAUUAUUUUCAAUUAAAUAAUAUGGAAAUACUUGAAUUAAAAGACGUCAAGGCCAUACCUGACGUGAUUCAUACUUAUCCAGAUAGAGUAAAGUCUGAAGGAACUCCACUUGUUAUUGACAAUGGAUCAUACAAGUGUAGGGUUGGUUGGGCCACAGAGAAAGAACCCCAAUUGAUAUUUAAAAAUCUUAUUGCAAAACCUCGAAAGGAACGUGGCAAGAAGGAUGGUGAACCACAGGUUGGAAAUGAUAUAGCGAACAUUGAAGCUGUACGAUUUCAGUUAAAAACACAAUUUGACCGUAAUGUAGUAACACAUUUUGAAGCCCAAGAACAAAUAUUUGACUAUAUUUUCACUCAUAUGGGAAUAGACACAGAAGGCGCAGUCAAUCAUCCAAUUAUUUUAACUGAAACUUUUCUGAAUCCUAAUUAUUCUCGAAACUUGAUGGCAGAACUUUUAUUUGAAUGUUAUAAUGUACCUUCGAUAGCAUAUGGAGUAGACUGUUUAUUUUCUUAUCAGCAUAAUAAUUGUCCAUCUGAUGGCUUAAUAAUCAGUAUCGGAUAUCACACUACUCAUAUAAUACCAAUAUUGGAUGGUAAAGCAGAUCCUGUAAAUUCAAGAAGAAUCAAUGUUGGUGGAUACCACAUUACAUCUUACAUGCACAGGCUGCUGCAACUUAAAUAUCCGGUACAUGUAAAUGCUAUAACACCAAGUCGAGCAGAGGAAUUAAUACAUGAACAUUCUAUGAUUGCCUUAAAUUACCAAGAAGAAAUUUCUAAAUGGGCUGAUCCAGAUUAUUAUGAUGCAAACGUAUUAAGGGUACAGUUACCUUAUGUUGCGCCCUCAAGUGCUCCUGGUUUAACAGUCGAACAGCAGAAAGAAAGAAAACGUGAGUUAGCUAGGAGAUUAAUGGAAAUUAAUGCAAGAAAAAGAGAGGAAAGAUUAGCGGAAGAUGAAGAACAAUUGAAUCAGUUAUUAGCUGUUCAAGAUUUAUUAGAAGAAGGGGAAACUGACGAGUUUGAUCAAGCAUUAAAGAGUUAUUCGCUUGCAAACGAAGCAGACUUGAUAAAAAUGAUUAAUAAUCUGCAAGCAAAAGUGGAAAGAACUAGACAAAAGAUAGUGGCAGCUAAUUCGCAAGAAGAAAAUAUUGUAAUGGAAGAGCAGAAACCAAAAAUAAAAUCAAGCCUACAACCGAAAGAUCAACAAGAUUUUGACGAAUGGAUAGCAGGUGUAAGAAAGAAAAGACAAGAGAUAUUAGAAAAACGAAUGGCCAAAAGACAACGCAGACAGGACAUGGCAAAACGUAGAACAGCAGCCGCACAGGAAAGAAUGCGUAUAAUAAGUCAGUUGGCGAGGAAAGAGAAACGUGACGAUGAUUUUGGUAUGAGAGACGAAGACUGGGACGUUUACAAAGUCAUAAACAGAGUUCGUAAACAACAUUUUAAGUCUAUAGUUUUGGUAUUGAGUCACAUGUUCAUGUUGAAUAUUACUGUUCAGGAAGGAGGAGAUUCAGACUCAGAGUUAGAACAAGAAAAGCUUCUGGAACUCGAAGAUGUGCUGCGACAUCACGACCCAGAAUUCGACGGAGCUGGAUCAAACGUUCCCAUGGUUCCCGGAGAAACUCAUCAAUUACAUAUAGGAGUGGAACGUUUGCGAGCUCCAGAAAUAUUAUUCCAACCGUCUUUAAUAGGUUCCAUGGAAGCAGGCAUUGCUGAAACAAUCGAAUUCGUUUUAAAACUGUACCCACCUGAGCAACAAUUACGGCUGGUGGGAAAUAUAUUCCUGACCGGAGGUCCGACGACGUUUCCAGGUUUAUUAGAGAGACUGAAUCGCGAACUUCGUGAGAUGAGACCGUUUGAUUCCAAUUUUCAAAUAAAUAUCGCAAAAAACACCAGCAUUGAUGCAUGGUAUGGAGCAAGAGAUUUUGGUCUGAAUGGAAAUCUUCCGGAAUUUCUAGUAAGCAAAAAGGAAUAUGAAGAGAAAGGUGGGGAAUAUUUUAAAGAGCAUUCAACGAGUAACACUUACACUCGAUCUCCCGAUCCCUUACCGAUAAUACAAGUUCCUGUGACAUCGGAACAGAUCAUCGUGGAAGAUGCAGUUGUCGACGUUGAGAUGGAAUGAAAGAUAAAGUGUACUUUCAAGUGAUUUCGUUACGAAAUAAAGUUUGCUGAAAACAGAAUUAAUAUUUGCUAUUAAUAUUAUUCAUUCAGACUUAAAAGUAUAAAAAAUAAUGUAAAAAUAAAGAAAUAAAGAACAAAAUCGAAGUAUUCACUAAAUUGUCGCGCUGUGCCUGUUUUCCCCUUUAAAGAAAAGUGUGCAAAUAAAAUCAUGAAAGAUUUUUCAUGGAUAUCUACUUUAUUACACAAGUGUUUCCGUUUGUUCAUUCGAUUACGAACAAACUACAUUGUAGUCUGUUUGCUGAUCACAAUACACAGUCCCCAAUCGUCGCAUUUCGCCACUCAAAGAUAAUUACGCGGGUACAAUCUGUUUCACUCUUUCCUUACUCUUAAACAGUCGACUGUUCGCUUGUUUGGUGCUCCUUGAGCAAUCUAAAAAACUGAGAAAGUGAUCCCUCACCUCAGCGAUAGAAUACACUACAGCGACCUCGAGAAAAUUCUCCCACUUCGGUCCAUGGCUUAAGUUAACAUCACAAUACAGUAAUAUACUGAAAGUUAUUACAAAGAAGCCCUACAGGCAAUCAUUACAGCUAAUAUAAAUGAUCUUUGCUUGUUUCUGUCUAAUAAAGGAACAUACCGUACGGAAACUUCGAGCCGUUUACAUGACACAGCAUGUAAGAGAAAAAAGAAGAGUAUGGAUUAGCUUUAAAAAAGAAAAAACGUAAAUUCUUAAGAUCACAAGCGCACAGCGUUUGUUACAUAUUAAUAUAUAUAUAUAUUUGUUAAAGCACUCGAUGACAUUCGUUACACUUGCCUUUCCGUACUCUUGAGUACUCUCUUGUCUCUUAUCACAUGCGGUUACAGAUAAAAUUACGAGUAUCAGCGUAAUUACAUAGUAUAUAUGAUUCAAAGAAAAAGUAUUAGAACUCGUGUCCUUUAUCUUUACAAUGCUCUCCAAGGAAACGUGUAAACCGUAAAUAUACAUCACUGUUAUACGCAUGAAUAUCGUAAAAGCAAAGUUUUAUAAUAACGUAUAUAUAUAUACAUACAUACUGCGCUACGUAGCGAUCGCAACGAUAGCAACAAAGCUCGUUACAAAAAUUAAAUUUAAAAAGUCUUACUAAUCUCGAUCAACACAGUAUCAAACUAUAUAACAUUGUCCCUCGCACCAUGCCUUCGUUUUUCUUUUUUCGAUCGUAAUGAGCUCGACGUUUAGGCAGAAAUGCCUCGUUAAUAAUAGUAAUCCAAUCGUAAACGUAGUACGGACAUUUCGCUUGA